CGAAGUUGAAAAAUUUAAACUCACGCGUUUGCAGUUUUGGCGAUUCGUCAAUCGCGCUGCGCCACCGCAAAUUCGCGUCACCGCAGUCUCAUCGCGUCUGCGCAUAUACUUUUUAUGUAAUCUACGCGCGCCGCGUUUGGUGUGAACGUAGCCGGUGCUAAAUGUAUGAAAACCACAACAGAUAAAUAUUGCCGUAGAUAUUUGGCCGACGAACCGGUGCAACCCUGUUUUAUAUUAUAUGUAUUGUCAAGAUGAUAAUUUGUCAUCAGCUAUUUGUCUUAAUUAACGGAUUUAAUUAAUGUUGCGUUACUAGGUCAUGGUGUUUGGUUUCUUACAAAAGGUCGUUUUUUCUUUCUUUUUAGCUUUGUUCAACAUGUGUUGAUCUGAAGUAUCUAGACAUGGUUAUAGAUGUGGACAUAUUUAAUGGUAAAUGUUACAUAUUCUUGUCCUCCAGCGUGAGUGUAUCUCGGUGCACGUUGGUCAAGCCGGUGUCCAAAUUGGCAAUGCCUGCUGGGAGCUUUACUGCCUGGAACAUGGGAUCCAGCCGGACGGACAGAUGCCCAGUGUCAAGUCCACAGGAGGAGGAGACAAUUCCUUCAACACCUUCUUCAGUGAGACUGGAGCCGGAAAGCACGUCCCCAGAGCGGUUUUUGUUGACCUGGAGCCCACCGUCAUCGAUGAGGUGCGCAGUGGGAUUUACCGCCAGCUGUUCCACCCUGAGCAGCUGAUCACUGGCAAGGAGGAUGCUGCCAACAACUAUGCCCGUGGACACUACACCAUCGGCAAAGAGGUCAUUGAACAGGUGCUGGACAGGAUUCGCAAACUGUCUGACCAGUGCACCGGCCUUCAGGGUUUCCUGGUUUUCCACAGCUUCGGAGGUGGCACCGGCUCUGGUUUCACCUCUCUGCUGAUGGAGCGUCUGUCUGUCGACUACGGCAAGAAGUCCAAGCUGGAGUUCUCAGUCUACCCAGCUCCCCAGGUGUCCACCGCUGUGGUAGAGCCGUACAACGCCAUCCUGACCACCCACACCACCCUGGAUCAUUCCGACUGUGCCUUCAUGGUAGAUAACGAGGCCAUCUACGAUAUCUGCCAAAGAAACCUCGAUAUCGAGCGUCCCUCUUACACCAACCUCAACAGGUUGAUCAGUCAGAUUGUGUCCUCCAUCACUGCUUCCCUUCGUUUCGACGGCGCCCUCAACGUUGAUCUGACCGAGUUCCAGACCAACUUGGUGCCAUAUCCCCGUAUCCACUUCCCUCUGGCCACCUAUGCCCCCGUCAUCUCUGCUGAGAAGGCUUACCAUGAGCAGUUAACUGUGUCCGAAAUCACCAACGCCUGCUUUGAACCAGCCAAUCAAUUUGUGAAAUGCGACCCUCGCCACGGUAAAUACAUGGCUUGUUGCCUUUUGUAUCGUGGUGAUGUGGUUCCCAAAGAUGUGAAUGCUGCCAUUGCCACCAUCAAAACCAAGCGCUCCAUCCAGUUUGUGGACUGGUGCCCCACUGGUUUCAAGGUUGGCAUCAACUACCAGCCCCCCACUGCAGUUCCUGGUGGAGACCUGGCCAAGGUCCAGAGGGCCGUGUGCAUGCUGAGCAACACCACUGCUAUUGCAGAGGCCUGGGCUCGGCUUGACCACAAGUUUGACCUGAUGUACGCUAAGCGUGCCUUUGUUCACUGGUAUGUGGGUGAGGGUAUGGAGGAGGGAGAGUUCUCUGAGGCCAGAGAGGACAUGGCAGCUCUGGAGAAGGAUUACGAGGAGGUUGGAGCCGACAGUGUGAGGGAUGAGGAUGAUGUAGAGGAGUAUUAAACUAAAGUGUUUUCAAUAACUUCAAAAAUAAAGUUCAUUUAUUGACCACCUUUGUUGUCUUU